AUGACAGCACAGACGAAGAGAAAGCGUAGUCAUGGAAGCGAGAAGCGCUCCACUUCCUCUAAAGAAUAUAAGAAACCAAAGAAUAAACAUGGAAGAUCUGAAUUAAGAACCGUGACAAGAACAGCCGCAAGGAAAGGUUUGGUCGAUGAGGAAGAUAUGAAGUUAUCAAAAGAAGGACUUUCGGACGAAGGCAUUCAAGAGGAGGACAGUCGUCCCAUUAAAGAUGAUGGUGAGGGUAAUGACGAUGUGGCGUAUAAAGCUCUUUUGACCUUAUUGAAGUCAGAUCACAAGGAGAAUAAAGGUAAGAAAUCUAAGGAUGCUUCUGAACAACUAGACCAAGGUUCAGAAGAGGAAGAUGAUAUAGCAGGUAUUAACAUAGACGAAGAUAAAGAAGACGAAGAAGGAAAUGAAAUGGGAUUCUCCAGUGAUGAUGAAGAUGUCGUUAAAAGUUUAUCGGACGACCCCUAUGAAGUCCAUUUCAAUCAGCCUUCUGACGAAUAUAUGACUCAGCAGGAGAAAUUAGUAAUCCAAGAAAAUGGCAAAUGGAUGACUUCAAAGAGAAGCAUACCUGAUAAUUUAUUACUUCUGGCACUAGCAUCUAUACCUCCCGGAAGUCCUAUUGAUCCACCAUUAUUGGAUAAGCAACAUUUGCUAGAAUAUUCAUUAAAAAAGAGAGUGUUGGAUGCUUAUGAAUCGGAAUUCUCUAACGAGUUGACCGCAUUGGAGUCGACUAUAAUUAAUCCUAUAAUGAACUACCAAGAUGUAAUCUAUCAAUACAAGAAUUUUAAGAAUAGUAGCUACCGCAAAUUAUACCUGUUACAUGCAUUAAAUCACAUUUAUAAAACUAGAGAUCGCAUUAUAAAGAACACUUCCAAAUUGCAUAGCUUCAGGGAAUCUAAUGAAUCUACUGACGAGCCUGAGUUCAGAGAUCAGGGUUUCACUAGGCCAAAAGUCUUGAUUUUAUUACCAACAAGAAAUGCAUGUUAUGAAAUUGUAGAAUUGCUAAUUAAGCUAUCUGGAACUGAGCAACAAGAAAAUAAGAAGAAGUUUAUGUCACAAUUUUUUGCAAAAGCUGAACCUCCUUCCUAUAAACCAGAUGAUUUCAUUGAUUCUUUCAAGGGAAACAAUAGCGACUUCUUUUGUAUUGGUUUGAAAUUUACCAGAAAAACAUUAAAGUUGUAUUCGUCAUUCUAUGCAUCAGAUAUCAUAAUUGCAUCCCCGAUAGGAUUAUCCAUGAUUUUGGAAAACCCAGAUAAAUCGAAAAGGCAAUACGAUUUCUUGUCAUCAAUUGAAGUCUUGAUAGUAGAUAAAUCAAAUCAAAUCGAAAUGCAAAAUUGGGAUCAUGUGAAUACAGUUAUGAAAUACUUGAAUAAAAUCCCAAAAGAAUUCCAUGAUGCCGAUUUCAGUAGAAUUAGAAUGUGGUCCAUUAAUGAUCAAGCGAAGUUGUUGCGUCAAACACUCGUUUUUUGUGAAUAUUUAACUCCAAAUAUAAAUCAUUUAUUCACCAAGUCACUCAACUUGUCUGGAAAAGUUAAGUUUAGACCAAUUAUAACUCAGGAGACAAGUAUCAUGAAUUCCAUUGGGCUCAAGAUUAAACAGAUUUUUCAAAGAUUUGAUAGUCCUUCUCCAUCGCAAGAUCCAGAUUCCCGAUUUAAAUUCUUUAUUAAUACGAUAUUGCCAUCUUUGAUGAAAUCCAGUUCUUACGAAGAUGGAAUUAUGAUUUUCAUUCCAUCAUAUUUUGACUACUUAAGAAUUAAGACGUAUUUGAAACAGUCUACAAAGUUCAAUUUUGGUUCUAUUGAUGAGUAUACUUCUCAAUCAAAACUUACUAGGAUUCGACAUGAAUUCGUUAACUCUAAGAUUAAACUAUUGCUAUACACCGAAAGAUUACAUUAUUUUAGGAGAUUCGAAAUUGGAGGCGUCAAGACAUUAAUCAUGUAUGGCGUUCCAUCUAAUCCAAUUUUUUAUAAAGAGUUGGUUCAAUUUAUUGGGAAAUGUAUUUAUAAGCAACAAUGCGAUUUGGAUUUAGCAUUAGUCAAAAUCAUGUAUUCAAAAUGGGAUGCUGUAAGUUUGGAAAGAAUCGUGGGAAACGAAAGAACCCCAAUCUUGUGCAAUUCUGUCAAUGAAUUGUAUGAAUUUAGAUAG